AUGCUCCAUAGCCUCCGCCACGCGUUGAUUUUUUUCCUCCGCCUACUGGCGUCACACGUUUUGUGCCAAGGAUGGGAAAUUGGAAGCGAAUACCUGUAUGAUUACAGUGGUUUGUUGGUGACUGGCUUCCAGGAAGCGGGUUAUCAAUCCGCAGCCGUUCAAAUCAUUGGGAAGUUGACAGUCCAAAGCAUUGACGAUGAAACACUAAUGCUCAAGCUCUCUGAGAUACGGUUCACGCGCGAUGGUAAUUACAGAGGCAAGUCUUCCGAUCCGAUUUUGUUUCCAGUUCGGCUAUCUAACGGAGUUGAAGAGGCCAUCGGCGAUUCGCUCCACCUCCUCAGUCCUUUUGCCGUCAUCCACAACAAAGGAUCGAUAACUAACCUGGUAGUGGAAAGCGAAGAACCAACAUGGUCCGUCAACAUGAAGAAGGCAGUUGUGUCCAAUUUGCAGCUGGACGUCGCCGGUGUCCGAUCUGGUUUAGACGGAGGUGUCUUCGGUGAGCGCAGUGUGCCGUCACUAAACACUUGGGAGGAUGGGGUGACAGGAGAUUGCUUCACGACGCUGCGAAUUACUAGGCUGCCAUUCUAUCAUGUCAUCCAAAAUCAAGCUUUAGAUGCGCAUAAAACUAUAGGAGAAUUAUGUCGUUCCGCCAAAGUUUACGAAAUCCUAAAACUUAAAGACUUUGAUCAGUGCGCAAAUGAUCCUGUAAAAGUUUCAUCUCAUCCCCGAUCAUCAACAUCUUCUUUUUCAUCACACCGAAAGUUUCUUUCGGACGGCACCCUAAAGAGAUUCACUGCAUACAAAUAUUUGGUAUGCGGUGAAUCACAGGAAAAAGCUACAAUUGUUCGCAUGGAAGGAGUCGGUGAAAUGUCCUUCUUGGGGCCCGUUGCGCUUAAAAUUGAACAAUCCAUUAACUUGAUCAUACAAAAACGUGGAAAAAUACGCGAUCUUUUACCGUCAAUGUCGCAGCCACGAGUGAUAGACGAGUUAACUUAUUCUUUCGACGACGACGUCAGUGUACCAAAUACUAAAGAAAUGGACGCAGUGCUAGGGGCCCUACAAGAAGUUGCUCAAAUUCUUACGGAAUCUACAGUGUCAGAAGAAGACAUCUCUGAAAAACUGAGUAUCAUCAGUCGAAUCAUCUUCCACCUGGACGAAAGGCAACUGCGUGAAAUUUGGGAGAAAGGCUUUCAACAGGAAAAUGCAAACGUCAGGGACUUGUUCGUCGAUUGCGUUGCCGUUAGUGGAAGUCAUACGGCGGCUGUUUUUGUCGUGGACCUCGUUGAGCAACGAAAGCUUGAGGGAUUUCAAGCUGUCUGGACCUUGAUGAGCUCUGGGCAUUCCUUGCAAUAUCCGACCAUUCCUAUAUUACGACGCUUUGUGGGAGUUAUACUGUCCGAAGCAGCACGUAAUGCUAAAAUGUUGAAGCAUACAGCGCUAAUGGUGACAGCUGACUUGCUGUACACAACUUGCGUGUUAUCAUCAGUGAACUGCAAUGCGGAUUCUCAAAUUAUCACAGAGGAAUUUCUGCCACUUCUGGUCCGCGAACUGGAGACUGCCCAAUCGGCAAUCGAUCGUGUAGCAGCAAUAAUAGCUUUAGGAGCGCUAGGCGUUGACGAUGUUCUUCUUCUUCUCGUUCCAUAUCUUCGAGGGGACAAUGUGGCAAUACGGAUAGCAGCAAUAUCAUCCCUUAAACAUCUGAUGGAUUCUUCUUCAGACAAAGUGAUUCCAUUAUUAAGUUCACUGGCGGAUAACGUAGCAGAACCACCUGAAAUCCGCAUGGCUGCCAUUGCAGUGCUUCUAUUUCAUCAGAAAACUCCUCAGAGUAUUUGGAAUAAAGUUGCUUCUCGGACAUGGUUUGACUCCAAUCAUCAAGUUAAAGCAUUUACAUGCGAUGUCAUCCGAUCCUUGGCUGACCAUUCAAGCAUCUAUGUGGGUGAAGAUGAAAGCACUUCAAUCAAAGCUCGUUCAGUCAUUGGUCUAGUGCGUCCUUGUUCCGAUCGAUUGGGCUACGAGCAUUAUGCGUCUAUCAAAGACAACACAGCAGGGCUUUCAUCACUGCUGGCAUUUUGGAGAUUGGGAGACUCUUCACUGCCUGUUUAUUUAGAGCAUCAGCUCUUCCGUAAUCUUGGGUCGUUCCGCUUCGAUCUUGCGAAGGUAUCGAUCUGGAACUAUAAUAUGGAAAAUGUUUGGAGUCAACUUACGGGAUAUGCUCUUCCGCGAACCAAUGAGCCAGAGUCCAAUGUUUUUUGGGAUCAGCUUUUUUCUACUUUCCGGGCUAGCGACGAAUCCACAGUGGGACUUGUUCAUCUAAGACUCCUCGGUUCAACCAUGCAGACACUUUUAAAUCUUGAAGAUAUCGAUCGUGAGGACAUGAUUCGACAAUUCUUCACGAAACAUCUCAAUAUCCGGUUCGUCAAGUUUCAACAACUCAUCGACAGCCGGACGCAUGUACCGACGGAGCUGGGAUUGCCCGCACGAUUCAGUUUUUCGCUAACCGCUUUAGCUUCAGCGUUUGGUCACAUAAAUCAAACUCCGGAAAUCAAUGUGACAGCCAGCCUUUCAAUGAAAUGGACGUCCGAAUCGAGGAUUCAAUAUCCGUUCAGUGGCCAUCAUGUGGCAGCUGGCGAAGAGCAUCACGCUGACAUUCGGGUACCAAUUUCCUUGAUUUUGAAUGGUUCGUUGGUGUGGAUUCCGCCAGGCAGAGUGUAUGACAUAGCAUACUAUUCUGUCAAGCCAUACACCCUCACCAGUCAGACUACGGAUUAUUCUUCCGAAAAUUUAAGGCUCUACAAUGUCCAUCCCGCAGGGCCGCCAUUCGUAUCUGUCGCUCAGCUGACUCCGAAUUUACGGCUGGAAACGACCAGUGAAGUGCGACAAGACGUUCCUCCAUUUGCUUGGUUAUCCAGCUUGAUGAAAGACUUCAGCAGCCCUUCUGGCCAUUUCCGCUUAGAUAGCUUUCAACAGCGGAUGUACCGCCUUCGUUAUCUAGGGGAAGAGAGCUCGGUCAGCUCUGUCGCUUUGUCAGCUUCGUUUGACACAAAAGCUAUUCAACAAGAAGCGACCAUUGAGUAUAUUAUUGGAGCCAACGGUACUGUUGAAUGGGAAGAAGGCAGAACUAAUGAAACCAUUUCUACAGUAGAAAUGACUGAUGAUGGUAUUCACGUUUUUCAAGGUGAAAUCAUGGCUUACUAUCGCAACGGUUCCACGUCAAAGUGGGCUCUUGAGGUAGCGGCACAAGACCUGUCAAAAGAAGAUGAAUGGAAUAUAUCAGCUUCAGGUUCGGUUAUUGAAUCAUUUCGCAGUCUGUCGAAUUUCCUGAAAGAAGAAUAUUCUCAAUACCUGCGCUAUAAUGAAAGAAUUUUCGUACCACAAGAAGAAAAUAGUAAUGCAAGCCAAUCAUACCUUCCUCGGAUCCUUUUCAACGUUCCAGAAGCUGACGAACCCUGGAUUCGGUAUGCUUCACUGUUGAUGACAAAUUCAUUCGGCUACACAAAAAGCAUACAACCAAAGACAAAUAAGUGCUACGUCCAUUCUGAUCGAAUCCAGACUUAUGAUGAAGUAGAUUACAACUACACCAUCAAUGAAUGUUACCAUUUGUUGACGACUGAUUGCCGACAGAAAAAGGCAAAUUAUGCUGUCCUGGCUAGCAGAAGUAGAAGUCAUGGGAUGGUAGUCCGAGUCGUGCUAGAAACAAACAGGGUCGACUUCUCGGCAACUGGAAAUAUAUCAAUCAAUGGAGUGGAGGUAAAUUUUACGGCAGGUCGAAUGCAAAUUAACGUGAGGGAAAACGUGAUGGCGACAGUGACGCAGGACAAUGAGAACACUCUUCAUCUGUGGCUGCCGAACGAAAAGCUAAAUUUAAUUAUUCAAGAAAACACUAUCACGCUAAGUGCUUCUGAACAACUGCUUGGCCAUGCUUGCGGAUUAUGUGGCGAUGGCGAUUCAGAGGUGACUGGAGAGUUCAAAACUAGUAACCGAUGUGCACUUUCAUCUGGAGCUCUAAUGGCGGCAAGUUUCCUAGUAAACAUGGGUCUGGAGGAUUGUCCUGCAUUACCAGACGAGAUACUACAAGCACUGCUGAUCGAGUCUUAUCCCUGCUACUCUGUUGAUGAACAAGUAGCCUCCAUUCUUCCACUACCACUCGAAUUCUAGUUCAAGAAUUAGAAACAUAACUGUUGUAAAGCUUUGUGAUCGUUGGCAAUAUAGUAAAUUAAACUAUUAAACGGUUCUCUGUUCACCAUCGUA